CCCCCUGGCUUCCCCUGUGCAUAGGAGCCGGAAGGGGGGCAGGCCAGCUGCUUCCCGGGAGCAACACAGCCCAGAGGCUAGCAGGGAGCCUGCCAGUCACGCUACGUGGCACCACUGCGUGGACAGUCAACUGGACAGCGCUGCUGACUGGAGCUGCCAGGAUCCCUUUUAAAAAACCUGGUCACCCUAUUCGCUUGUGACCUCAGCAGGGAGGCUGAGGGCUGAACAGACCACAGAGACUGAGCUGCCCUCUGCUCCAGCUCUGGGGAUUACAGAGAGGCCUCCAAACUCCUUUUCCCGGUCACCAGAAUCAGCAGGGCUGUCCUGCCUUUGGGUUGUUUCUUCCCACUGCCUCUCCCUGUCUGAGAGGCCCUCCCACCCCAUUCUAAAGUGAUCCAAGCCACGGCCUCCCUUGACCCCUUGGAGACCCUGCGCAUGGACACCACUUGCUCCAUCUGCCUGGAGUACCUGAUGGACCCAGUCACGAUUAGUUGUGGCCAUAGCUUCUGCAGGGCCUGCAUCAGCCACUGUUGGGAGCCUGGGACACAGGAUCACCUCUGCCCUGUAUGCCGGAAGCUCUGUGCCCAGCAUGUCGUGGUGCCCAACCGGCAACUAGCCAGUGUGGUGGAGAUCACCAAGCAGCUGCACUCGGGCAAGUGUGAGGUGAAGGAUGAGCCCCUUUGCCCCCGGCCCCAUGAGGGGCUCCACUUCUUCUGCAAAGAGGACCAGGAGGCCAUGUGCCUGGUGUGUGCAGUCUCCCAUGGCAACCGUGGCCACAGUGUGGGACCCCUGGAGGAUGCCGUCAAAGAAUACAAGUCCAAACUGCAGGAUUGCCAGCUGCAGCUGGAUGUGAAAUUGCAGAAGGUGAAUAAUUACAUCUCUGCCAAGGAGAAAAGGCCCAGGGAACUGAGGGAGUUGGUGAAGAGCUGCCACCAGCACAUUGUCUCUGAGUUCGAGGAGCUCCCCCUGCUGGAGGAGGAGAAGGAGAUGCAGCUGUGGCGACUGAAAGCAGAGGAGGAAGAGAAUCUGGAGAAGUUGAAGGACCAUAUGGCCCUGCUCUCAGAAAAGCGCCUCUCCCUCAGCAAACUCAUCACUGACAUGGAGGAGAAGUGUCUGGAAUUGGGUCCAGAUAUGCUGAAGAAUGUGCGGAGCAUCAUGCAGAGGGGACAUGACUCUGGAUCCUGAGACUGCUCACCCCAACCUGGUGCUCUCAAAGAACCUCAAGAGUGUGCACUUCAUCAAUGUCUCCCAGGUGCUUCCCGACACCCCGCGGUGCUUCGUCAUCUACCCCUGUGUGCUGGGCUCAGCCUCCUACAUCUCAGGCCGGCACUACUGGGAGGUGGAUGUGGGCAACAAGACCCAGUGGGCCCUGGGUGUCUGUUAUGAGUCAGUCAGCCGCAAGGCCAAGAUCGAUGCCAAGCUGGACACUGGCUACUGGCGAGUGCGGCUGUGGAAUGGGAAGUAUGCGGCCACCACUACUCCCUUCACGCUGCUGUGCCCGUGAGUCAAACCCAAGCGGGUUGGGGUGUUCCUGGACUAUGAGGCAGGGAAGGUCUCCUUCUAUAAUGUGACAGACGAUUCUCACAUCUACACCUUCAGCGUUGAGUUUGCUGAGCCCAUCUGCCCUCUCUUCUACCCAGGGAUCUGCUUCGGACAUGUUAAUGCUGCCCCCCUUGUAAUCUGCCAGCCCUUGGACUGGGAGUAAGCUGUGUCCUCUCCAGCUGUUGGCCUGGAAGUGACUGUCACCAGUGACAGCAGCCAGACCCCGAUUUGACAGUCUUUUCUUAUCCCACUUCUGACCCUCGUGCCCUAAACUCUUUUUGUCUCUGGCCCCCUACAGUGCUGUAAUCAGACCCCCAGGGGCAGGGAUGCUGACCUUGCUUUGAUGGGCACGUUCAAUCUUUUUUGUGUUCCCCUCCUUGUUGGCAAAUCGAAGCUGACCCAGCUACCCAAGUUGCACCUGCUUUCCGAUACCACUGAUCACAAAAACCAAGAUUUUUUUUCAAGAGUAUCUCAUUUGUGCUUUAGCAGAAACUCUGCUACAUAGGCCAUUCCUCUCUCUCCCCCGUGGUAUAUUAUUUCCUCCAAGACCUAUCUCAAGCACUGUGCAAGUUAACCAGCAAUUGGGGGGAGGGGAGAUCAGUAACUGUUGGAGGUAACACUUUGGUUUGGACUCAAGUGAUCAAGGUUGUGAGAUGGGUUCUGAGCUCUUAUCUCCUGUGCUCCAGCCUGUUUUCUUUUUCUGUCCAUUUGUAAUUUAAGUCUAGUUAUAACUGGUGCUCAUUGUCUGUUGCACUGAGAUCUGUUUUGUCUGAUGGUUUUGCAAUAAAUUAUUUUGGGUUUGGAAA